AUGAAUUUUGCUGUAACAAUUGCAUUAUAUGCAACAAUACAAAAAGAACUUGGUCAACCAUUAUUAUUUCCUGGAAAUAGAAAAGCAUGGAAUCGAAUAUCCGAUCAUUCAACAGCUUCGAAUAAUGCACGUUUUCAACUAUGGACAGUAUUAAAUAAAAACAUUCGUAAUGAAAUAUUCAAUAUUGCUAAUGGUGAUUUGGUUCGAUAUCGAGAUUUAUGGCCAAAAAUUGAAAGUUAUUUUAAUAUUCCUCAUCAUGAACAAAUAUUAAAUGAAAAUGAAGUACAAAUAAAAUUAGCAGAAUAUAUGCCAAAAAAUAAAGAUGUUUGGAUUCGUAUUGCUCAAAGAGAAAAUCUUGAUGAAAAAGCUUUUGAUUAUGCGACAUGGGCCUUUGCAGAUGGUUCUCUGAAGUCACCAAAUGAUAGACACGGUGAUUUAAGUAAAGCACGUCGAUUUGGUUGGACAAUAGAAGUUGAUACCUUUGAUGGUUAUAUACAAUGUUUUGAUCGAUUGAAACAAUUGAAAGUAAUUCCUGCGUAA